CAAAUUUUUAUUCGAAGUAAGAUCAUAGGGUUUUCAAGUCGUUUGCUUUCUUAGUAAUUUCAGUGGGCUGGAGUUCAGCCAAACAUAAGUUGAUUAUGGUGAAGGUUCGAGUUUCCAGUGAACCCUUGUUCUUAAAUUUAUUUUUAUGCGGCAUCUGCAGAAAUAGGUCUUUAAGGUUUUCUAACUGUAGCGAAUUGGAACUUCGAUUCAGGAUUUGGCUUCCUGAAACUGCAUAAAGCAGAACGAAGAAAAUACUCAUUACUAUCAUUUACCAUAGGCAUAUGAGAAUCUGAAUACUGAGAUUUGGGUCCAGAGUCAUGUCUAGUAGUAAAGCUGAAGAACCUGUAAAUGAGCAAGCAGUUGCAAAUAAGUUUGCUGCCAUGAGGUCUGAACUCAACCAAAUUUACUCUAAAAUCACUGAGCUAGAGAUGGACGUGAGUGAGCACUCAUUGGUGAUCAAUGCCAUCCAGCCACUCGACCCAUCCAGGCGGUGCUUCCGAAUGAUUGGAGGUGUGCUGGUGGAGAGAACCAUCAAGGAGGUCCUGCCUGCUGUGCAGCGUAACAAAGAAGGGAUUGAGGAGGUUAUUACUCGGCUGAAUGAGGCUUUGGAAAGGAAGAAAAAAGAAAUUUCUGACUUUGAGGCCAAGUACAAGAUCCGGAUAAGAAAGAACGACAGUGAGGAGAAGGAUGAUGGUGCUCGCAAAGAAGGAACUGCUCAAGGAGUCCUGGUCGGCCCUGCUGGUGGAAGCGAAUGAAUGAUAAAGCUCUUCCACCACACUCAUCUUGUUUUCUGAAACCUGUUAAAUGUAGUGUGCUUUCAAGUGUACUAGGUGUGCUAGGGAUUUGGGGUUUAUGGUCCAGACUAGUAGAAUUUUACAACUCUUGCACUGAAUCAAUGACUUUGUAUUUGUAACCUUUAAUUAUGCGGUUCUUUCUUUUAGGAAGGAUUAAGGAAAAACAAGAACAAUCUUAUCAAAAUUAUGCUUCAAAAUUUUCGAUAUACAAUGCUAUUGAGUAGUGAGUUGAGGACGA